CUGGGCCGCGGAGGGGGCGGGCCUGAGGGCGGCGGUUUCCCGAACGGAGCGGGGCCUGCUGAGCGGGCGCGGCACCAGCCGCCGCAACCCAAAGCCCCGGGCUUCCUGCAGCCACCGCCGCUGCGCCAGCCCAGGACGACCCCGCCGCCAGGGGCCCAGUGCGAGGUCCCCGCCAGCCCCCAGCGGCCUUCCCGGCCCGGGGCGCUCCCAGGUACGGAGCAGCUCUAAGGGCCCCAGUCCUCCUUGGCGAACGCUUCCCCACGGCCCUCCACGCGUGCCGAGGCCCGACGCGCUGUCUGCGGUCCCCACCCCCGGUUCCCCGAAAGCAUUCCCCGAGAGGGCCGCGUGACCGGGUAGGGACGGGCCCGGAACCGGGUUUGGAAGGUGUCUGCUGGAAUCCUUUGUGCGCCUGGCUGGGGGAGGGGCCGGGUGCGCGGUCUCGGAGUUCGCGGUCCCGGAGUUCGCGGUCCCGGGAGGAAGUGAAAAUCGCCUUCCCUCAGCAGCCCUCUAAAGCGAGACCCUAGCGAGUAACCACCUCUUUUCCACCGACCCCUUUAAAACGACAGAGAGGAAAAAAGCUCGCAAGCACUCAUUUGAGAGGCAGAGCAAACGAGGCCCCUGAGAGCUCCACCUAGUUCACAGGAUAAAAUCCCACAGCAGAACUCGGAGUCAGCAAUGGCUAAGCCCCAGGUGGUUGUAGCUCCUGUAUUAAUGUCUAAGCUGUCUGUGAAUGCCCCUGAAUUUUACCCUUCAGGUUAUUCUUCCAGUUACACAGAAUCCUAUGAGGAUGGUUGUGAGGAUUAUCCUACUCUAUCAGAAUAUGUUCAGGAUUUUUUGAAUCAUCUUACAGAGCAGCCUGGCAGUUUUGAAACUGAAAUUGAACAGUUUGCAGAGACCCUGAAUGGUUGCGUUACAACAGAUGAUGCUUUGCAAGAACUUGUGGAACUCAUCUAUCAACAGGCCACGUCUAUCCCAAAUUUCUCUUAUAUGGGAGCUCGCCUGUGUAAUUACCUGUCCCAUCAUCUGACAAUUAGCCCACAGAGUGGCAACUUCCGCCAAUUGCUACUUCAAAGAUGUCGGACUGAAUAUGAAGUUAAAGAUCAAGCUGCAAAAGGGGAUGAAGUUACUCGAAAACGAUUUCAUGCAUUUGUACUCUUUCUGGGAGAACUUUAUCUUAACCUGGAGAUCAAGGGAACAAAUGGACAGGUUACAAGAGCAGAUAUUCUUCAGGUUGGUCUUCGAGAAUUGCUGAAUGCCCUGUUUUCUAAUCCUAUGGAUGACAAUUUAAUUUGUGCAGUAAAAUUGUUAAAGUUGACAGGAUCAGUUUUGGAAGAUGCUUGGAAGGAAAAAGGAAAGAUGGAUAUGGAAGAAAUUAUUCAGAGAAUUGAAAACGUUGUCCUAGAUGCAAACUGCAGUAGAGAUGUGAAACAGAUGCUCUUGAAGCUUGUAGAACUCCGGUCAAGUAACUGGGGUAGAGUCCAUGCAACUUCAACAUAUAGAGAAGCAACACCAGAAAAUGAUCCUAAUUACUUUAUGAAUGAACCAACAUUUUAUACAUCUGAUGGUGUUCCUUUCACUGCGGCUGAUCCAGAUUACCAAGAGAAAUAUCAAGAAUUACUUGAAAGAGAGGACUUUUUUCCAGAUUAUGAAGAAAAUGGAACAGAUUUAUCCGGGGCUGGUGAUGCAUACUUGGAUGAUAUUGAUGAUGAGAUGGACCCAGAGAUAGAAGAAGCUUAUGAAAAGUUUUGUUUGGAAUCAGAGCGUAAGCGAAAACAGUAAAGUUAAAUUUCAGCAUAUCAGUUUUAUAAAGCAGUUUAGGUAUGGUGAUUUAGCAGAACACAGGAGAGCAAGAAAAUGUGUCACAUCUAUACCAAAUUAAGGAUGUUGAGUUAUGUUACUAAUGUAUGCAACUUUAAUUUUGUUUAACACUAUCUGCCAAAAUAAACUUUAUUCCCUAUAACUUAAAAUGUGUAUAUAUAUAUAAUAGUUUAUUAUGUACAGUUAAUUCUACUGUUUUGGCUGCAAUAAAAUCGAUUUUGAAAUAAAUGAAAUGUUGAAAAUUUU